UAUAUAUAUAUAUGGAUAGAUAAAGAGUAUAAAACAUGACCGUAUUUGACCGAUCAGACUAAGAAUAACAUAGUGUUUAUUUCUCUAACAUUCUAUUGGAUACCAUCAAGUACAUAAAAGCGAUUCUCUUCAAAGCAAAAGGCAUAAUACUCGAAUGGUUUACUUUCUAAAUGAGUCAUUUAACUAAUGGAAUAUAAAACCUGUAUAUCUACUAGAACAAAAAUUAUCACCAACACAAGUAUCACAAACAUUAACAAUGACAACAGAACAACAACAAGAAGAUAAAACAAUUAAAAAUUCCGAUGAACCUCAACUAGUUACUAAUAAAGAAGAUGAUACACUUUUUGAAUAUUCAAAAGUUAGUGAAGUUGAAACUGUUUCAAAAGACAAAUUACCAAAUUCAUUAUCACAAAUUUCAGUUAAUACUCAACCAUUAAAUGAUUAUGAUAAAUCGCAAGAGGCAACAAAUUCAACAGACCACACACCAACAAGUGAUACAAAAUCCAAAACAAAUGUUCCUCCACUAAAAAAGAUCAUACGAUCAUCCAUUACAGAAACUGAAGAAGUUAAAGAGAAGUCUGUCAAAUCUUACUUUGAUACUGUUUCAUCAGCUGGUUAUCCUACAUCACCACCGGACUUUUCUGAUUAUGUUAAGACACGUGUAACAAAUAAAUACCCAAGUUAUUCAUCUUCUUGCAGUUCAUAUCAAUAUCAUCAUCAUGUAGAAAAUUUACCUAAAAAAUCGGAUGAAAAUAUCAAUGGUCAUAGUAAUUUGACAUCACAUAAAGUUUUAUCUACGGUUACUAAAUUAGCACCAGAGAGUAAUGUGCCUCAAACAAAUAAUUAUGAAAGUAUAUCAAGACCACAAAUCAGUGUUCCUAUUAAAAUACGACGUAUGCCACAAGAUGUUAGGGUAAUUCACACAUCAAAUACACCUACCUUAAAUAGAUUAGACGAAUUUAAACGGAGCUGUGAACGAGCAACAAGACAAUGGGAACAAGUGAUCAAUAAUAAAAAUGGUAAUAAAUUGACAGAAGAAAUAAUGGUUCGCAGAAUAGCUGAAUUGGAAUCCUGUGUAAAAGAGGCUGAAAAUUUAUUAAAAUUAUUUGUAGCAGAAGUCCGUGAUGUACGUGCAACAGCUGAUUAUUGGUCAAAGAAAACAACAAAUUUAGAAAAAUCUUAUCAUAAUUUACAUGGAAAAGUUAAAGAUUAUCGUUUUAAUGCAAAACAAAGUGAAAAUGAAUAUUUGAAAGCUAUGGAAGAACGUGAUUACUUUUUACAAAGUCUACGAGAAUCAGAAACAAGAGAACAAAACUUAUCAAAUUUACUUCAACGUGUUGAAGAUGAAUAUAAUACAUUAUCAAGAGAUAUAAGAAUUUUAGAGCGAGCUCAUGCCAAAAAAGAUCGUCAAUUACAAAAUUUAUUAUUAGAAAAAAAUGAACUUUCUAGAAAAAUUAUACAUUUAGAAUCAACUUUGCAUAAAUUAAAAAAUCGAGCAGAAUACACAUAUCGGCAAAAACACUCAUUUCAUAAAGAUGAACCCAUAAGUCGACUUCAUACCCAACUUGGUGAUGAAUCUGAAUAUGUACUAAGUGACUUCGGUUCAUUAGAUAGAAACCAAAAGAUAUACACAAUGACUGCAUCAAUAGAUGAAAGACAGAACAAAAACACUCUAAUUGGUAUUAAUCAAAAUUUAGAUGAUUCUGAUACGUAUAUACCACAAAAAUCGGAUUCAUUCAAAGUCUGUGGAUCAGUAGAAUUAUUAGAUGGUAAAAAACAAAGCUAUUUGUCCAACAAAAACAUGUCAGACUCUUUAAUAACUACAAAAAUAAGUGAAAAUAAUAUCAAUACACAGGAUCAUAAAGAUUCACUUGAUGAUCAAAAUAUUGAUUUGUCACCAACAACAAUUGGCAAUGAUGAACAGAUUCAUCAUCAAUCAGAACAUUUAAUACAGCAUCGAUCAGUUGAAAAAAGUAUGGAUGAUUUAUCGGAUACUUUAGUAGAUUUAAAUAAUUUAACUAGGCAAGAUGAUAUGGAUAUUGAGAUACAACCAAGAGAUUCAACAAAUAAUUACCAUAGAAAAUGGAGUAUUGCAUCCGAUUAUCAAUAUUCUCCUAAUCAACAUAUUAAGUCAUUAAAAAAAGAUGCUUUAUCAACUGAAGAUGAAUCAUUAAAACAUAGAUCUCAAGUACAAGUUGUUGUUGGGCGAUCACCAUCAACUGAAAAAAAACGAAGAACAGUUCAUACCAGUCAUUCACAUAAAAAGUAUUCAUAUAAGAAAAUUUUUGAUCAGCCUGUAUUGCCAUCUGUAUUCAGUACUAACAGCCUUCGAUUUAAUAGACAUCGUCCAGCGUCAGUCUCUGGUUAUCUGGAUGAAUGCGCACUAAACAGGUCGUACGAUUUAUACCCUGUACCAUCAUCAGCUAGACCAAGUACCAGUUUUGGACAUUUACAUAAUUCUAAACGUUUAAAAUCACUGGAAAGAGAUUAUUAUACAUCUUGUCAAAAUUUAAGUACAAAACCUUACUCCACUGUAAAACUGAAUCGUCAAGUAAAUCGACAACCUCUCAUUAUUCACUCACAUUCAGAUCGUCGUUUAAGAGAUAUACAACAUGCGAAUUAUUUACGUCAUGGCAAUCGCAUGGAUAACGAAUAUGAACGAAUUUACUUUCCCCAGUCAUAUUCAUCACAUCAUUUAAAAAUUCCAGAAAAGACAUGUUUGGAAAGUAGUUUAGAUCAUAUCAAUCUUGAAGUGGAUCGUUUACGAGAUUGUAUUAAAUUAUUAAAUCCAUAAACAAAGUAUUGUGAUAGUUUAAAAUAAAAAAUUUUUUAAAAAAAAGAACAUAAAUAAUCAAUUUUCUUUUUAUAUUGCAAUGCAUAAAUAUAUUCGAAUAUUUUAGCUUACAUAAUUGAACAGAGUAAAUGUUGUCAAAGAAAUAUAGACUUAUUUUAAAUAUGAAUUGAUCAAAUUAACAAGCGGGAAUUUCAAAUUAUGGAUUAAAUACAUUUUUACAUAUAAACAUUUUUGUUUGCAAGAAAAUAUACUACUGACUAAAAAUAUUCAAAUACACAUAUCAUUUUUUUAAAAAAAUACAAAAGAAGUAUUUCCAUAAUUUUGUAAUCAGCAACUUAAUUGAUAAAUGUAAUUUUUUUCUAAAGUCAUUAUUUCUUUUUUUAAUUGAAUAUUAGUUAUUGAGCAUCAUUAUUGUUGUUUUAUUUUGUCUGUUUCGAUUUUUGUUUUCUCAUUUGAAAUAAACAAUGAUGAAUAGAAUUGAUUUUUAAAGUGUAUUUUUUGCUUCUCAUUUUAUUGUCAUUAAACAAUUUGAGUACUUAUGUAUUAAUGUUCAUAAUGUCUAAUACUUAACGAAUGUGUUGUGAGUGUUUUGGUCAUUAAGUAAACAUGUUUCUUAGUUGCCUA